GAAGCUUCCCUAAUGGACGCGAACAAUACAUUCGAUUCUGAUCUGAUUCACGCCAUUUUCAAGCACAUUUGGGCCCGAAGAUUUCGCGAAAGGGAGAGGAGUGAUGCCAUUGAUGCUGCGGAAGCUGAGGUUGCCCUGGGAACAUCCAAGAAGAAUAGACUUGCUUCUGCCAACGCAAAUGCCCUGAAACUCAGCUGUGAACUUCUCAAGCGUUUUGUUUCAGAGGCUGUGCAGCGUGCUGCUAUAAUUGCUGAAGCCGAGGGAAUGGACAAGAUUGAAGCUACUCAUUUAGAGAGGAUCCUCCCACAGCUUCUUUUAGACUUUUAA